AUGUCCGUCCGUCCGUCCUCCUCUUACAACAACACCAUCGCCAUCUCGUUUAAUUCCGCUCUCUCCCUCACCAUUUCGGCGGCCGCUCCAACCCCCGAUGCCAUCCCCGUCAUCCCGUCCCCCCCGCCGCCAACCCCUCGGUGCUCCCUCAGCGCUGGCCCGAGGUCCAGCGUCUUCUCCAAGAACUGGAUCCUUGUCUCAACCACCUCGCCGAGGGACCCGGUCCCAACGUCGCCGACAUCUACCCGAGCCUCCGCCGCGAGUUCUGGCGCGCCGCCUACCUCAUCAACGCCGAUGCCUCCUUCACCGGUGACCACAGCCUCCUGCGGAACUGACCAGCCUUCCUCCGCGCCCAUAAUUCGCCAACGCCUGGCCACCACCCGCAACAAGCUCGUCCUGUGCCUGCACGCCGAGAUGCUCGUCCGCCCCGCCCUCUCUGCCCAUGAGACGCCGACCCCGAUUGUCCGCGAGCUCAGCGCCGCCCUCAGCAAGCUGGAGCCUGGCAUCAACUCGCGCGCCUCCUCCGUCGUCCCCUCCCAGGCCGGCUCUCGUGCCCCCUCCGCCGCCCUGUCUCUUGCGCCCUCCUCCUUACGCCCCAGCUCCUUGCCGCCGCGGGCCAUGAAUAAGCGCGCCAUCGGUCUCAUCAAAUCCCAGCGCGCUGCCGCCAAAGUCCCCCCUCCCAAGAGUCGCAAGAUCCUGGCUGCCAAGCUCCGCCAUGCUGGGAACGACGAGGAAAAAGCAGAGGAAGAAGAAGACGACGACUAA